AUGCGCGACGUGGGCACGCCGCGGCCGGCAUCGCACUGCGGCACCCCAAAGCCCGGCCGCCCUCCCGCCGCGCGCGGCGAGUGGGGAGGGAUGGCGGUGAGCGUGGGCAACGUCAAGCUGGCCGACGGGGCGUGGGACAUCUGCUUCUCGCUCGUCGUCAACAACAUGGUUCGCGGCGCGUACGGCGCGGCGCUGCUCAUGGCCGAGUACCACCAGUACCUCUCCGCCCGCCCCGACGAGCUCCUCCGUCUCGCCCGAGGGGCAGAGGCACCAGGGGCAGAGGCACCAGGGGCAGAGGCACCAGGGGCAGAGGCAUCACACGCCGCGGGAGGCGGAGCCGCAGCCGCCGCCGCCGCCGCCGCCCGCGGCGACUCGCCCUCCCCGGCUGCGGCGGUGGCGCCGAGGGCGUGCGCGGUCACCAACCCGCUCACCAGCCGCUCGGACCUCGAGGCGGUCGCGGCGGAGUCGCCGGGCGACUUCCACGGCCGCGUCGGCGCCUCGCGGCUGCACUGGCUCGACGGGCAAAGCGGCGCGUGGCUCUCGCUCGACGAAGAGGCCGGGUCGUGGCGCGGGUGGGACGCGGCGAGCGGCGCGCCCGCCGCGCCGCGCGGGCCGGAGUGGAGGCCGUGGAGCGCCGCGCUCGACGAGUCCGCCGCGCCGUGCUACGACUGGUUCGUGGGCGGCCGCACCUCUGCCGCCUUCAACGAGGUGGACCGGCACGUGCUGAGCGGCCACGGCAACCAGGCGGCGGCUGUCGCGUAUGGCGUGGCCUGCUCUAGCGUGCCGUCCUCAGACCGGACGACCGACCUCGAGCGCGCGCGCAAGUCGAUCACCUACUCCGAGCUCCUCCUCCGCUCGACCGCCGCCGCGCGAGUCCUCCGGGACGUGGGCGUCGGGACCGGCGACCGGCUGGUGCUUCACCUGCCGAACGGGCUCGCGCAGCUCGUCUGGCUGCAGGCGGCGAAGCGGGUGGGCGCCGUCUACGCGUGCCUGCCGACCACGCUCUCGACCAAGGCGCCCCCGCAACACCGCGCGCUCGCGGACCGCGUGGCCGACCUCAAGGCGUCGCUCGUCAUCACCGCCUCGUCACUCUCGCCCACCCUCGCCGGAGUCAAGCUCAAGGCCAUCGCUUUGCGCGCCGUGUGCGAUUACGUGCCGGCAGGCGCGGCGGCGAGCGCGGUGCGCGAGGAGUUGCCCGCGCUGUCAGCGGGCGAGGAGCUGCCCGUGGACGAGGUGCUCGGCGCGCUCGCCCACUCCCUCGCCCACGAGCGAGUCGUCGAGACGCGCGAGCUCGCCACCACCCUCGAGACGCUCCUCUCGAUGCGCGCGAGCCUCCGCAGCCGCGCCGGCGCGCUGGCCGCCGCACUCGUCGACGCCGCCACCGCGCGCCACGCUGCCGCCCACCACACAACCGGCGGCCGGCCGCGCAUCCUCGUCGUCUCGAGCGGGACCGCCGCCGGCGCCGCGUCUUCAGCCGCCUCGGCGGCCGCCUCGGCCGCGUCGGCCGCGUCGGCCGCGGCCACGCCGUGCGCCACUCCGCCGCGCGCCGACUCGGUCGGCGAGGCUCUCAACCAGCAGACGGAGCGGGGCCGCGGCGGCCUGCUGAGCGGCGUUCUCUCUGCGGCCGGCGCGUCCUCGGUCGCCGAGCUGCUCGGCUGGGGCGGCGCAGAGAUCGCGAGCGCGUUGUGGCGCUCCGCGGCGCCGGUGGCGCUGACCGGCCGCGAGCCGAUGUGCGUCAUGUACACCUCGGGCACCUCCGGCUACAAGCCUCGCGGCUUGGUGUAUGACCAUGCCGGGCUAAGCUGCGGCGCCGUCCUAACCAUGGAGACGGUGCUCGACGUGCGGCGCGGCUCGGAUGUGGUACUCGCGUACGCCGUCGCCGGCGCGCUCGGCUGCCGCUGCACGACCGUGCUCGGCCCGUGGGACGAGCUGGCGCCGUCGACCCUCUCCGCCGUGAUGGCGCACGCGCGCGUGACCGGCUUCAUCGCCUCGGCGUCGGUGCUCAAGCGCGCACUCGGCCGCGGCGAGCGCGGGCGGGAGCCGGGCGCGGCACAUUUGCGCGUCGGCGUCUCGUGCGGCGCGCCGCUCUCCGCCGCCGCUCCAACCUCACGAUGCGAGCCGCUCUCCGCCACGGCGCACGAGCUGGCGAUGGAGUCGCUCGCCUCGCACUACAUCAACGCGUAUUGGGCGACGGAGCACGGCGUGAUGGUCCUCGCGCCAACUUACGGCAACGCGGAGCAGCCGGUGCGCGCCGACGCGAGGAUGCGAGAGCUGCCUUGGGUCGACGCAGCGGUGUGGGUGCCCGACGCUCCGGCCUCGCAGGGGGGCGAGGGGGGCGGGCGGGCCAGCCAGCGCGUGGCCGCUUGCGACGACGCCGCCGGUUCCCUCGCCGGCGCCCCGCUGCGCGAGGUCGGCUCGUCGGCGCUGCUACGGCCGUGGGGGGCGAGUGCUCCAGGCGCGAGCUUCCACACCGCGAGCCAAGACGGCUCCGAGACGGGCGUGCUCGUGUGCCGCCGGCCGUGGCCCGCGAUGGCGCGGACGGUGUGGGGCCGGGUCGACGAGCUGGGCACCGCCGGCUGGCGCGGCGACCACGAGCUCUACGCGCGCGCCUACUGGCCAGAGUACCUGGUCGACGGCGAGCGCGAGCGCGCCUUCUCGCUCGGCGAUCUCGCGCAGCGGUGGGGGGACGGGUCCGUCUCCGUCAUCGGCCGCCACCACGAGCUGAUGCUCAGCAGCGGCACCGACCACGAGCGCUCUCCCGGUCGCAAGGCGGCGGCCGGCGCCGGCCGCGUGUGCGUGUGCGAGGUCGAGAACACGCUGCUCAAGCAGCGGGCGGUGCUCGACUGCCUGGUGGUGGUCGUGCCGGUCGGGCCAGAGGCGGGCGAGCUGCCGCGCACGAGGAGCGAGGGCGGCCGGCGCGGCGCUGGCGCGCCGGCGGAGAUGGCGCCGGUGGCGUGCCUCGUGCUGCAGGAGGGGUGCGCGCUCAACGAGGAGCUGGUGGCGGCGCUCAAAAAGCUGGUGCACGAGGCGCACGGCGAGCAUUGCGUCCCGACCGACCUGAUCCCGAUCGGCGCGAUCCCGCGCACGCACAACUCCAAGCCGAUGCGGCAGGUCGUCGGCCAGCUCUUUGCCGGCAACUUUGGAGGCGACGUGGCGGAGAUAUCGAACCCAGAAUGCCUCACGGAGCUCGGCGCAACGAUAGCAGAUUGGCGCGCCAUGCGCGCUAGCCCCGUCCUGGACGAGCUGCCCUGA